AUGCCUCGAUUCACCUUUCCCAUACCAGGUCGGCGUCAGAAACAACAGCCAGUGUCGACUGCCUCGCCUCAACAAAUCGGCGGCAGUGGUGGUCCUGGUUUAACCAAGGCGCAAAGGAUUCUGGGGCUUACCGAUAUCAGUGUGGAUGCUCACAGCGGGGCAAAUUGGGAUGCACAUUCGAACACGGGAAUUGGCACAAAUGCCAGUGCAAGCGAGACCCCUUACGCCGAAACCAGGUCCAUUGGCGCGGGUGAGCAUACUUAUCAGACUCCCGAUGUGGAGGUGGGAACGAUAGAGGUUGAGCUGGACCUCGACGAUGAAGAGUCUGGUAUUAUGCCCUUGGCCCUGGACCGGAAGCUUUCCAAUGCUAGACACCAGAGCAUUGCCGACUUUCAUGACGCCGUCUCGGAUGCCUCCAGUGUCCGCCGUCGACAAUCGAGCUCGACCAUCAACUCUUUCUAUGACAAGUCCAAACAACCACUCCGAAUAUCGCAGCAGACCUCAUCCUCGGCUAUGGCCAUGGGUCUGCUAAAUAAACAACCACAUGGCGUUCUAUUCAACGUGACGGAUGCUAGCUCGCCGACUUCCUCCAGGGACGAUGGUUCAAUGCGCAAGAAGAAGCCCGCGAGGCUGGACCUCUCGCAUCUGCUGCCCAAAGUCACACGCCAGUCUAUGCUAACUCCAUUGCGGCCGACGGUGCUUGGGCCAGACAUGAUAACAAAAUCGCCAUCACUCAUGUCCGAACCUGGUGACAGCUUACAGUCACCGCAGCAACCGGACCGCCAACGCAGCUUUCGCAAGAAUCUCAGGUCGCUUUCCUCGAGGAAAACAAAGGAAAACCUGCGCAUGGAUUCGAUUGAGCGACGCCGCUCUGAAACUAUUCACAGCCUCUACGAUCAUUAUGAACAACAGUCAUUGUACAAGGAUGCUCUAGCCGAGGUGCAAGAGGAGGAAGUGGAGGUUCCACUCGUCCUCAGCCCCGAAAUGCAAGAUAUGGCCACAUCGCCAUCCGCUCAUAGUCUGCACACACCGUACUCGACAUCAACCGGAAUCUCUGGGACCCAUAGCAAAACAUCUUCGGCAUACACGCGAAACGAGAGCAUGCCGGCCACGCCGCUGACAGCUGUGAUGACACCAGAUCUCCAUGCCCCGGCACCCAGGUUUUCCAGCGCGGACUGCGCCGAGAGCAUUUCUAGUCGUCACACGCGCACGUCCAAAGCCUCGAAGCGAACCACGCACAGUGGAUUCGACAUGGAUCUCAAGAAAAUUAGUGUUCUGUCUCUUUCUUCCGAUUCUGAGGAGGAUCCGCUUGAGGAUGACACCAGAAAAACUUCGGCCAACUCGUCUGUGUUCAAUAUAGACGAUGGCCCAGGCACUCCCCCAAAGACAAAGCUACCCCCGGUCCCCACCCGAGCUCGUCGAUCAGAAAGUACAAUCCUGCAGACUGCGAAGAUGGUUGAGGUUCUUGGACCGGUGAAACCUCGCAAAGAGACAAGGCCUUAUACCGCCAGUCUUUUCCCCAAGGUCCCGCAGCAGGUUCAACAACCAAUGCAGACGAGACGGUCUAGUGAAGCCGCCUCCCAGACCUCGUCCAGGCCUCCUGUCAUCAACUCUCGGUCAAGCUCACUACACCCGGGAACGGCUAAGAGGAAGCCAGCUCGUACAAAUCUGCGGCAGCCUUCUAUGCCUCAUCACACGAUUGAUAGUGUUGCCAGCGGAACAAGUCAAGUUGGAGAGCACACCACAUGGACUCGAGAGCAGCUUGAAGGAUACGGCCCUAGUCCGGGAAGCAAAGCCAAGGCUAUGGCGCAUCCGACAAGCAGCAGCAGCAGCAAUGAUCUGCGCACUUCGAGUAUUGCCACAGUGAGUGGGUUCACGGUUUACGAAUCCAAGGCAGCAAGACCAAUGCCUGCGGAGAUGGACGCACUGGCGCCAUCGCGGAAAUUCAGACCGACUCAGGAAGUGGGCUCGACAACACACCUCUCAAUCUCGGUCGCGUCGGUAUCCGACCAGCCUACCCCACCUGUAUCGCCAGCAUCAUCCGAGUUCAAUAGGCACUCGCCCAACACAUCCACACUCAAGGAGUCUACCGACGGCUCUUCGGUCGAAGUGACACCCGUACGAGCAAGCGAGAGGGAUGCCGCCUCAUCCUGCAAUGGAUCAUCACCACUGAGCAAAUACACGACGCCCUCGCCGAAUUCCACUUCGUCGCGCUUCAUGGCAGUGACUCGUCAGGAGGAGAUGCUCCUGGCUGCGCUUCGACUCAAACGCGCGAGAAUGCGUGAGUCUAUCAUCGCAGAGUUUGAAACUGAGGAGCGUGAUCGUGUCAUUGACGCGUUCCCCUCAGUUCCUGGUGCCAUGGAUACCGCAGAGACUUCGAGCCUUAACAGGCAGCAACUCGAUAAAGUAUCAUCUCACCGUCGGCAGCACUCUAGCAUUAGCACAUUGUCAGGGUUUGAGGCUUCGCUGGCACCCCGACCCCAGCAGAAGGCUGGCACACGCCAACACGCAGCCGGUCGAAGCUCGUCUGUACAAUCGCACCGAGUCCCCAAAGCCCGCAGCGUGUCUGGUUCUCAUAACAGAGACGUCUCGCCAAUGUUUUCGGCACAGGGCGGGUCAGAUCUCGCCCUCGAUUCGUUCCCCAUCCCGGAGCGAUCAUCCAUGCUGGCCCCGCAGCAUCACCAGGCCACCAAGCAGUGGUCUUUUGAGAGCGGCUUCACCGCCGCCUCCAGCCAGUCCCGUCUUACCGACACCCACGACGGUUCACCUCCUACAGCAGGGCUGAUGCCGCCGACUCGCCAGGAUAAGCCACUGCGCGGAGACCAAUUUUACAGAGAGACGCGCGGACGGCAGCUUGCAAGAUCCCAGUCAGCCAUGGGCAGCUAUCCCACCAACAUCGCCAGCCCCUCGACAUUCAUGUCGGACCCGCGGAAGAAGGCCGCGAGGAUCAGUGCCGUCGGAGGACCUCCCGGCCGGGUUGGUGUCGAGAUGGGUCUCUGGGGCGAUGACGGCUGA